AUGUCUAUUACCAAAAUUCAUGCUAGAUACGUCUAUGACUCAAGAGGAAAUCCAACUGUUGAAGUUGAUUUAACAACUGACAAAGGUUUAUUCAGAUCAAUUGUUCCAUCUGGUGCCUCAACUGGUGUACAUGAAGCUUUAGAAUUAAGAGAUGGUGAUAAAUCAAAAUGGUUAGGUAAAGGUGUUUUAAAAGCUGUUGCCAAUGUUAAUGAUCAAAUUGCUCCUGAAUUAAUUAAAGCUAACAUUGAUGUUACUGAUCAAGCUAAAAUUGAUGAAUUUUUAUUAAAAUUAGAUGGUACUCCAAAUAAAUCAAAAUUAGGUGCCAAUGCUAUUUUAGGUGUUUCAUUAGCUGCUGCUAAAGCUGGUGCUGCCCAAAAAGGUGUUCCAUUAUAUCAACAUAUUGCUGAUAUUGCACAUGCUAAAAAGGGUAAAUAUGUUUUACCAGUUCCAUUCCAAAAUGUUUUAAAUGGUGGUUCACAUGCUGGUGGUGAUUUAGCUUUCCAAGAAUUUAUGAUUGUUCCAUCAAAAGCUCCAUCAUUCAGUGUAGCUUUAAGAAUCGGUUCAGAAGUUUACCAUCAUUUAAAAACUUUAACCAAAAAGAAAUAUGGUCAAUCAGCAGGUAAUGUUGGUGAUGAAGGUGGUGUUGCUCCAGAUAUCAAAACUGCUAAAGAAGCUUUAGAUUUAAUCGUAUCAGCUAUUGAAGCUGCAGGUCACAAAGGUAAAGUUGAUAUUGCCAUGGAUGUUGCUUCAUCAGAAUUCUACAAAGAUGGUAAAUAUGAUUUAGAUUUCAAAAACCCAGAUUCAGAUAAAUCACAAUGGCUUACUGGUCCACAAUUAGCUGAAUUAUACGGUGAAUUAAUUAAAGAAUAUCCAAUUGUUUCAAUUGAAGAUCCAUUUGCAGAAGAUGAUUGGGAAGCUUGGAGCCAUUUCUUUGCUACUAUUGAUGGUAAAGUACAAAUUGUUGGUGAUGAUUUAACAGUCACUAACCCAAUCAGAAUUAAAAAAGCUAUUGAAACUAAAGCUGCUGAUGCUUUAUUAUUAAAAGUUAACCAAAUUGGUACUUUAACCGAAUCAAUUCAAGCUGCUAAUGAUUCAUACGCUGCUGAUUGGGGUGUAAUGGUUUCACAUAGAUCAGGUGAAACUGAAGAUACUUUCAUUGCUGAUUUAUCAGUUGGUAUUAGAUCAGGUCAAAUUAAAACUGGUGCCCCAGCUAGAUCUGAAAGAUUAGCUAAAUUAAAUCAAAUCUUAAGAAUUGAAGAAGAAUUAGGUGAUGAUGCUAUUUAUGCUGGUGUAGAUUUCCAUAAAGCUCACACUUUAUAA